ACCCCACCACCGCCACCGCUGCCAGUCACCGGAGACGACUUCCGAAAGCCCAGAAAGUCAAAGGCGCUGUUUGUCGACUCUGCCUUCUUUUCUACCCGCGACCAUCCCACGUGGGAGGAUCAAGUCAAAAUGGCGCGAAAAAUAGCCGCGUCUCUCUCUGAUGCCACAAAUCGCCACUCGCGAGGUCAAACGAUGUACGAACGACGAAAGAAGCGCAGCCCACGCUGGAUUCAUCAAGAUGUUGCCAAUGAGAGUGAACCAGAUUCUACAUCAGGUGGAGCUCCGCUAACAUCUGAGGAUUACCGCGGGCCGACGCUGACGGUGCAAACGAAGCCACUGUUCGAGCUGAUCAUGAAUCCUCAAGGUCAACUACUUGACCUUGAAUCGCUUCGGGACAAAGGAGUCGUAAUAAACACUGAGAGUCUCUCGCCAGAGCUGUGCGCAGAACUGAUCAGUGAUCUUCACUCGGCCAGGGGAAAAGGCGGUCAGAUUUUCGCUCGCCGUAAGAAGCGAUCAGAACGAUGGGUGGUAGAUGAGUUCCACCCAGAACCUUCCCGUCCCGGAGAGAGACCCACCACUCAGCUACCUCAGCCCAAACCGCGCCACGUGCAGUCCGAACACGUGGCAACCGACCCGUGGCGCAGCACGUGGGGAGAGGCGAGACACGAGGCGGCGUCUGGAGAGGAUGAGACGUUGAAGCACAUGUGGCCGGAAGGAAGAGAGAAGGUGGAAGAGACUGACUCGGGUAUAAAUACUACGCUACCUUCGGUGCGACUAGAGGACCUGUGGCAGCCCUACCAACCGGCGCGGUUCCCGACAGAUGGCGUCUACUCUCCCAGAGCGCCGCAGGGCUGGCACACUGCCAACACAGAGCUACCCUCGGCAGCGCUCUCGUUUCCUGAAAACGUGAAUCCGCCUCCGGGCGGUACAGUCUCUGACGCAGCUGCCGAGCCGGACCUCGGUACAGUCUCUAACAUUGAGACCGUGGACAUCUGGGACUGGUCGGCCCAGCAGCAGCGGAGGCAGCCGCCGCCGACAGCGACGCUGUUCGAGUCACCCAUCGACAGCCUGAGAGCGAUGGAGGAAAGGAGGCGCCAAGGUCAAUCCAACUACACACCACAGGCCUGGUCCGAUCACAGCGUUCACUGACAUCCUUCAACGUGACGUAAAAAUGACGUCACUAAAACGAAGCGGAGACAGAUUCAGUCACUGCCGGGUGUAUUUGAGCAGUGCUUUGUGACGCAGAUGACAUCAGAAAGGAAGAUGUCAGGAAAGACAAUUGAAUGUGGGCGGAAUUCGAAUCGUAGCGCACUGUUGUGAUGCGAUUAUUACGUCACUGGAUUAGUUGACGUCAGUUGUGGUCAACUGUGUGAGGUGUUUACCUGCUUGAUAAUAACCAUGCGAGUGAAAUGCUUCAGUUUGAAAGUGUUGUCCGGUUCGACUUCGCUAUUUUCCCGCUAAUAAGAGUGGAAUUAGGAAUCGGUAUAGGUACCUGUGGUCAGUCAUCUAAUUCAAACUAGAUAACUCAUCUUCCAAAGUAAAAUAAUAUUGUUUGAGUAACUACUGAACACCAUAUAAUAAUUCUUAACCGUGGAUUUGUGCAUAAUGUAGUGUUGGGUGAACUCAAAGUAUUCUUCCAUAAUAGCUUCGCUGUGCGUGCAGUGCUCCAGCUACUCCAUUUAAAUGUCACGUGCAUUUCAGUUUCUGACUCUGUAUGCUCAGAUUUAUACACAUUUUCUACAUGACACCCAUGACACUUUUUUGUGUGUUUCUCAAAUGUUUAGUUCAGAAAUCUGUUCGAUUGUGGUAUAUAAUAGCCGGAGAUUUAGACGUGCCCAUGGUGUGUCAAAAGUGGAAAUAGCCGCCCGGCUUUAGUUCGCCAGCCUUGUCAAUAGAUGGCAGUACCACAAUAUGGGCAGCGGAUCGUGCAAUUGACGUCAAAUUUUGUUAUCAGCUAAGAAUUGAAUGGCGGAUCUUUCCAUGCAAGAAUCAAGUAAAUCGGUCCACAACUUUUCUAGCAACAGGGACAUGAAGUCAAACACCCUGCCACAGCGGCGGCGCGGCGGCCGGCGGCGGCCGUUACGCGCCGCCCAGGCGCGCCUGGGAGCCUGGCGGCGCUGAACGGUUCCGACUUGGCACUGCACUAAAACCUGUUAACUGCUUGGAAUAGUUAUUUUAGCAAAAUUUUCAUUCAAGUGAGGAAUAACCAAGGGCAGGAAGUAUGUAUGCUUGUAUGCGUACUGUGUAAUUCAAGAGACUGCAUUAGCAGAUACUCGCUAAUAUUAGAUCCAGCCAAGUCCAAACGCAUUCAAGGGGAUGUGAUUCUGAUGGGUCAACAAUAUUUAUCGUUCGAGGGCGGAUACAGUUUUAACAAUACAAAAAAUAUUUUUGCACAGCUCUAUUCCUUGAAUAAUUCUCUUCAACGCCUCAUUCCUAGUUAAGCGAAUUAGCCCACCCUGGUUGAAUAAAUAAGGCGAUUUCGCCACAAGGUCGCGGAAAACAGACCGAAAACGGCCGCGCUCAACGUUAAUUUGGGCAUGCAGACUCUUAAAAACUCGCAUUGGGCGGGUAGGGUUUCCUAGGUAUUGGCUCCAAAACACCGUAUUCGGCUCCCGAAUACGUCCAAGUGACCCGCCUCGUUCCUAGUUAAGCUCUAAUUAGAUCAAGUGACUCAUAAGGAGCGAAAAAGCGACAAAAAGCAUGAAUUUCCCUAUGGCGGCGGGCUGCCGGGUUGCCAGACGGCGCACCGGCUAUUUCCACUUUUGACACACCAUGCUGUUUUGUAUUUUCUCACUAUCUCGCGAUGUCGGUUUGAAUGAGUCCAUGCCAGCAAUGCCUUUCUCGGCGUGAGACGACUUGUGAAUGUUGUUGACUGCUUCGAUGCUGUUCUGGAUCUGCCAGUCUGCUUUGCAAUAAAAACACAACUGUUUCAAGAGA